AUGUUAUCAAUAGUUGAAGAAAGAAAGGGUAUGUAAUGAAAUAAGUUUUAGAAGAAUAAUAAAGAUAGGAAUUUGUAAUUGAUGAAAUUCCACUUAGAAUAUGGGAAUAAGGUAUUAAUAUAAUAAUUAUAUAGUUACUAAUCAAUAUAGAUAAGAGAUAAUGGUAUAAUCUAUGAAAUAUUGACAAUUAGACCUUAGAAAAUCAAUUAUGGUAGAUGGAUAUUGAUAAGGUUUUUUAAAAGGAUAAUGGAGUACCAAAAAAAUUAUAAUAGAAAUUAAGGAUGAUGAAAAUGGGUAAGUCCAAUAGAGAGUGUAGUAUUUGCUGUAAUCAUUUUUAAAAAGGUAAUAAUCUAUAUAUUUAAGAUGAAACAAUAAUAUAACUUCCUUGUAAACAUAUUUUCCAUAAAUAAUGUUUAUUUUCUUGGCUUGAUCAUAGUACAAAAUGUCCUAAUUGUCGGAGUGAUGUUUUACAUGCAUUAAUGAAUUAAUUGAAAUGA